UGUUCAGCUUAUUAUGAAGAUACUUCCUCUUCCGAUGUUGGAUUUCUAUUUUGUCCAUUUCAUACUUUCGGAAACAAUUACUGGUCCAACAACUACUAAAAGUAUCAGCGAGAUACAUGCUGAUGGUAAGCUCAAAUUGAUGCGUUUGAAAACAUCACUUCUUGGCAUUGAAACGGAAGCUCUUUAUGACUAUUCACUUGGAAUAGUUAAUAUAUUUCAAGAUGGCGGAUCUUGUAACAUCAUGUUAGCUGAAAAAACAUCACCUGGUAUUGAUCAAUCCACUGGUCAAUUUAGUUUGAUAACAUUGUUUAUGUUGGAAGGACAUUACAAGUAUUUAGGUGAAAUGUACCUUGAAUAUCGACCUGGAUUCGUGGUGAAAGCAUGGGAAUCAAUCCAGUAUGAUACUAUUACUAAUAACGACAAAUACGAUAAGGUUGUGGUUACUCAAUAUUUCACUGAAACUACCGAUAAUAGCGUUUUUCGUGGAUACAUGCUUGUUGCAACGAUAAUUAACUGUUACAAGUUAGAUGCCAAGAAAGAGAAGUAUCAACUUGUUGAAGUUAUUCAGAGAGAUUACUUGGAUUUCCGCGUUUCAGAUAUUGAAUCCGAAUUUCAUGAUAAGUUUUCAUUAGCUGGAUGUAAAUAUUUCUCUGGUGAAAAGACGCUUACCUUUCAACUAGGAUGUCAAACACCGAAUUGUAUGAAGCUUGCUGAAGAUAAUGUGUACACGUUGACAGACCGCUUGAGAGAUUCACUACUCUACGGAUAUGACCUUAGUCCAUUAAGACUAAGUGAAAUGGAUGUUACUUUCAGUACUUCGACGAUUGAUAUCAGGAUCGAUUUUCUUGAAGCACCAAAUCUACUAGAUGUAUUUUCCCCCAGAACAUAUUUUGUUAGCGAUGGUACUUUGAAGUCACUGUCACGAACUAUUAAAACUGCAGGAGAAAUUGACUGUCUAAGCCGACUAUCAACUGAUUAUUCUGAUUUCGAUGUUGUUCUCUUCUGUCCAACGCGUAAUACUUGUGGUACCAUGAAAGGAAUCGAAAAUGUCAAAGAAGAUGCUGAAAAAGGUCAAGUUUGUCAAGUGUUCCAAAUACCAUUACACAAUUUAAAUCGAAUGAUUCGAGAAAUUUCAAACAAAGAUCUUCAGUCCCGUUUACUUCGAGAUACAGCUUACAAAACUGUCUCACUGACUGAUAAAUCCUGGACUUCAAUCAAUUACAAAGUAAUUGAUAUUUUGGAUGAAACUCGAGACAAAACUGACCAUUCAAACGAUCUGUUUUACCUUUCUCAUUCUGGAGAGAAAUUAAAAGCUGAAGAUCCAAAUGUUGUUGUUGUGGCAAAUGUGAAGACAUUUGCCGACUGUUAUCGAAAUUGUAAAAACUCAGAUGAAUUAGAAUGUCGAACUUUCUCUUAUUGUUCUGGAGAGAAGACAAGUGAAUGUGCAGUGACGAAUAUGACCUCCGAAAAAGCUCCAAUUGAUCUGACCAAGAGUGACUCAAACUGCGCAGUUUAUACCAAAAACAAUUUACUCGAUUACUCAGUGAUCAGAAAUCGUCAAUUCAAAUCACCAUCUUCGAUCCCACUAGAAUUGUUUGUCGAUCAAUGUGCAGCAGAAUGUAGUUCAGAUGAAAACUGUGUCUCAUUCCAAAGUUGUGGCUCAACUUGUACCAUGGGUGGAUUUUAUACAGAUUCGAGUACCGAAUAUGAUUCUGAAUGCGAAAUUUACAUUCCCAAAGUUUCGAAUAUGUAUCAGGCCACAGGAAGAAAACUUGUAUCGGAAACUUUUCACGUCGAAUUCAAUUUAAAUUAUGAUCAAUGUGCCGCUUUAUGUUACAGUUGGACUGAUGAUUCGGACUCUUGUCAAUCGUUCAACUUCUGUCCAUCAGGUCGAUCGACAAGUACUUGUUCAUUGUCGAAAUACUCAGUCAAAGAUUCAAAGACUGCAACCACAGAUGCAACGAGUUGUUACAAUUACGAACUAGUUAAAAGCUCGAAUACGAAAAAACAAUCAACUUCCAUGGUAAAAAAAGGUACCAGCGGAUCAGCAGCAUUUGGAAUAAUUUUGAUCUUCAUAGCCACUGGUUUCUUAUUCGGCAUUGGACUUCCAAUUGCGUAUUUGAAGAUAAAAAAUCGAAGUACUCAAAGUUCAAGUAAUGGCCAAAGUUUCACUUGGACUCGACAAGUAGACGAUGAACAGCCAGAAGCUAAUUGAAUCUCCAUCCAAAAAGGCAAUUGGUAGUUUCAACUUGAUCUAAAUCAAUAAUUAAUGUAACUCUUAAAAUUACAAUUGAAAAAAUUAAGUAAAUUAAAUAUUAUUUUUACCAUAAAUAUUCAUUGAUAAUCGCUGAAUAAACUCCAUUGCUAUUGAUAA